GGGAGAGAGAGUGAAGGUUAGGGACGAGAUAGCUUUUCUAGCCUAGCAAAGGGGAGCACGGCUGAAUAGUGGGAAUCUUUGACUUCCAGUGUAGUUCUACUCUGAGGAUAAAGAUAGUCGUCUGUCCUACUGUAUCAGCGAUCAAAAUGACUUUUGUCUUAGUGUCUCCCCUCACGACGAUCUUAGGCGCUGUCUCAUUGGCACUUGCAUGUCUCGUUCUGUUGAUCCGCUUGAAGUCGAUGAGGGCAGGCAAAAAUUCUUCGCUGAAGACACUUCCUGGACCCAUAGCAUUUCCAGUAAUAGGUUCGUCUCAUGUUGUCGCUCCUUACAGUAAUCACUGGGUUGCCUUCUCGACGUUGCGAAAACAGUUCGGCGACAUCUACGGCAUUAGGUUGGGAUCUCGCAAAUGUGUGGUGAUCAGCAACAUGGCAUUAAUUAAAGAAGUGCUUGUCACGAAAAGUCUGGAUUUUGCCAAUCGUCCAGACUUCUUGCGUUUCCAUGCCAUCUUUCGUGGAGACAGAAAUCUAUCUAUUGCACUGUGCGAUUGGUCUGAUAAGCAGAAAACACGCAGAGAAAUUGCCUUUCCUUUCAUGCAUCCAAGAAUGUCAAGUUUGGAUGGGAGCCGAAUGAACUGCUUCAUAACCAAGGAAAUGGGGGAAUUAAUAACGGCUUUAUCUAAAUGCGAAAACAAACCUCUAUGCCCAAGGUCUUUAUUGAAUUUUACAACAGCUAAUAUCUUUUAUCAGUAUAUCUGCAGCAGAAGAUUUUCAGAACAAGAUGCUACAUUUUUAAAGGUGGUCGAAAUCUACGACAAUGUAUUUCAAGAGCUCUUCAAAUCGUUUGCCAUAGAUGUUAUGUCUUGGAUGAAAGUUUUCUACCUCCGCAGUCUUCGAGCGCUGAGGAAAGACGCUGAGUACGUAUCCGAAAUUACAGGGCCUAUCUUCGAAGAACAUGAAAAGGAUAUCGAUUAUGAAAAGCCUCGAGACCUUGUUGACAUACUUUUGAGCUCUUUAAAAGAGAAUGAAGGAAAACCAGAUUCUCUAACAAGGGAAGAUGCAGAGGUCAUCAUCGAAGAUCUCAUUGGAGGACAUUCAGUUUUGGGUAAUUUGUGGUUAUGGGGAAUAUAUCUACUUGCAGCCAACCCAGAGGCUCGAGCUAAUAUUCGAGAAGAAGUUAUCAGAGUAACAAGUAACUGCAGAGCUCCCUGCGCAGAAGACCGGAAAAGCAUGCCUUACACAGAAGCUACUGCCUUAGAAAUCCUGCGCGUUGUUUCAUCUCCAAUCAUACCUCAUGUGGCCACCACCAAUACUAGCAUUCAAGAAUACUACGUUGAAAAAGAUACAAUGGUUAUGUUCAAUACUUGUGAUAUCAACAUGGACCCUGAACUGUGGGAACAGCCAAGAAAAUUCAAGCCAGAGAGGUUCUUAUCUAGCUCCGGGAUAGUAUCGAAACCCGAUUACUUCAUUCCUUUCGGGACAGGCAAGAGGACUUGCCUCGGGGACAGGCUCGUCAAAUCUACUUUGUUCCUGGGUCUUGCCACCUUGAUGCAAAACUUUGAAAUCACUUUACCGGAGGGCUUCCCAGAACCAGACAUGUACGACAUUCCGGGUCUCGUCGUACCAAGACAAGAAAUCUUUUUGGUCUUCAAGAAAAUACAGGUUGACCAAACCAUGGCCACCAUUGAUUUAUAUUGAACCUAGAGCUAAUUUACAGCAUUUAGAUCAUUUAAUUUAAUUAAUUUUUCCUUGAUCAAUCAUCUGCUCAUCAGUAUUUAGAAGUCUUUUUUGAGUCGUUGAUCCAGGGCCAGAUUUACAAUUUGAGAAAAAAAAUACAGAUUUUGUGUUUUGAUAAUUUUCGUUAAAGAAUUAUAGAAAUUAUAAUUUAGUGUAUAAUAAAAAAAAAUAGUAGGUUAAAUUUUAAAAAUGGUUUAAAAAAGAAAGAAAUUUGUAAGUAUUUUAAAAAAUAAGUUCUUUAAAAUUUAGCAUUUUUAUCAGAAUUUUAAAUUUGGGUGAAAUAUAAUUGUAAUGUCAUUCGUUUAAAAAAUCUUACUACUGAAUGGAAGUAGCUGUUUUUAUUUUUUCCGUGAAAUUAAUUUUCAAUAUCUUAUGGGGGCUCAUACACCUUAAACCUCUUAUGAUUUUCGAAUAUGGUGACUGUUGCGAGAAUUGGCAUAGUUUAUUUAUUUUAAA